UACAAAACAUCAAAUAAAUUCAUUCGAAAUUAUCUUGAUAAUAUAAAUAUAAAUUCCCUCAUAAAAUUGUUAUUUUAAAUCUCUUACAUACUAACAACAUGGAACCCCUUGAUCUUGUGCGUAUUAUAUCCAUUUUCUUAUUUUAUUUCGUCUGCUACUUUAUUUGGUUUUACCGCCAAAAGAAGAACGGCGUUGUGGAUACACCUCAAUGGCCUAGAACUCUGCUGGCUGACAAGAGCUAGCGGCUGUGACACUCCAUCAGCUGUUCUUUAUUUUCCACGCGACUUUAUUGUUUAUAGUUUUUUCGAAAUGGAAAACUGUGUAAGCUGCACGGAAAAGCCAAGAAAAUACAAGUGUAGCAAGUGCUCGGCGCCUUACUGUUCUGUGGCCUGUUACAAGGUGCACAGGGAUUCGCCCGAGUGUGUGAUAGGAGAUGUGUCCAAGAAUACACCGGUAAAUGCUGUUGCUGAGGAGCCCACCUUGUAUGGACCGUUCACCACCGAUGACACUGUUCCUGCAGAUAAGCUGCAGCAAUUAGAAACCUCCGAGAAUCUAUGCAAUUUGCUUCAUAAUCCUCACCUGCGUUCACUACUCCAUCAAAUCGAUGUGGCCCUCAAUGCCCAGGCAGCCAUGAGAGCAGCCAUGCAGGAGCCUUUGUUUGUGGAGUUUGCUAAUGCCUGUCUUCAGGUGGUGGAGCCCAUGACGGAUGAGGAACGCUCCGAAAUGAAGCUGUACUCGUGAGGCUUUUCCCAGUAAUCCCAGCUUAUUGUUAAUAAAUUCUGCUGUAUUUUAUAA